GACUCCUUUUAGACCAAGUUGCUAGGAUACCGACUUUUGAUUCCGCCUCCUUUCCCAAGAAUCAUGCCUGGAUUGGUCCCGAGUCCCCUGCCGUCGAAGUGCAGCAGCUGCCUGCAACAACGAAGUGAAAGUAAACCGGACGACAUCAUGAGUGAUAUGUUCAAGGGAGAAAUAGUAUAUGAAAAUAGAUAAAUAAAUAUGUAAUGCAUCUAACUCAGAAGUCUUACACAAAGAAGGGCAUGCUUCUGUUGUUGAUUCCUCUUGUCUGACAAGUCAAAGAUGGAUGAAGGGGUGGAUUCUCAAAGCAGUAUGGCUGCUGAAAUCAAGCCAGAGGAUGUAAAGAAUGAUGGAACAAACUUAACAGAUGGAACUCUUUGUGCACAACAAAAGAGUGACAAUUUUAAAGACUAUGCACUAACGGAGAACAUGCAAGAUGACGUAGCACCUCAGACUUUGAUAGACUAUGGUUCUGCAGAUGGGCUGGAUGAAUCUGUUGUUACAGGCAGCAGAAGUAACACAGCACCAUCAUCCUGUUCUAACGGACAGAAAUCUAAGACGCCCACUUCACCUGGCCCUCACCCUGUAAAAACAACUGGUGUGGCUGCACACUCUCCAAAUCCCAAACUCACUCUCUGUCUCAGUAAUAGUCCCAAGAAGGGUGUCAGUACACCCAGUGAUGUGGAGAUGCUGAGUCCAGACAGCCCCAUCUGUAAAACCACGUUUGGGACCAGCUCUGCAGACAAGGAUUUAGAGGGCAGUGCUUGUACAGAGGACUCUGGCUUCGCGAAGGAACCACAGCAGUUUGUCCCUGAUUCUGGAUGUUCGGCUAAAGAAAAAGGCCAUCUUGUUGCCAUGGGACCUGAGGAUGCUGAGUACAGUGGUUCAUCUGCUAUGAGCCAGUCAGGUGCUCUUUUCGAAAGAGUUUCAUUCGCAUUUCAUAACAUGGACAGAGGAUGGCUGGGUACACCCAUAGAUGAGCUGAACAGAAUGCCCCAGUGUGCCCCCCCUCUGUCUCACCUGAAAGCAGCGCCUCACCACACUGUCACAGUCCGGACAGAUCUCCUCAGAGAAGGAGAGGUCCCUGUUGCAUACCCCGGCAAGUUCAAAGAUGCGUGGGAUGAUAUGUUCGUGAAGAUGCCCUGCUCUGAGAAGAACCUGUUUCCUAUGGAGACUGAAGAUGGCAGUGGGGUCCAAAGUCGGUGGGAGCUGAUCCGCACUGCCUUGCAGGGAGAGUUCAAAAGUUCUCUGGAUGUGAGGGAUGCUAUAUUGAGAUACAACACAGCCCAUGUAAAGAAAUGGGACUUCACUGCCCUAAACCUUCUUUGCACAGAGUAUCUUGAGCAUUCGGAAUUACAACACCUGUUUAAUGUCGUACUGCCAGCUAUGGUUGACCUCGCGCUCCGUGUUCCUGUGCUCUGCACAAUGCCAAUACCCCUACUGAAGUCAAGGAUGAACCACUCCCUGACUCUGUCUCAGGAGCAAAUAGCAUGUCUUCUGGCCAACGCCUUCUUCUGCACUUUCCCUCGACGCAACUCCCGCAAGUCGGAGUACUCCAAUUAUCCCGAGAUCAACUUCUACAGGUUAUUUGAUGGUUCUUCACCGAAAAAAAUUGAGAAAUUGAGAACUCUGCUGUGUUACUUCAGGAGAGUUACACAGACCAAGCCCAAAGGCCUUGUUACAUUCACAAGACAAGUGCUGAACAAUCCUCCAAACUGGGAAAGUUCCCAGACGCAGCUGAAGCGCCUACACAUCACUUGUGAGGGGACAAUUGAGGAUGAUGGGUAUGGGAUGCUGCAGGUGGACUUUGCAAACAGGCUUGUAGGUGGUGGAGUAACAGGACUUGGACUGGUCCAGGAAGAGAUUAGGUUCCUCAUCAACACUGAACUCAUUGUCUCUCGCCUCUUUACUGAAGCUUUGGAACACAAUGAAUGCCUCAUCAUCACAGGCACUGAACAGUACAGUAAAUACACUGGCUAUGCUGAGAGUUACAAAUGGAAGACCAGCCACAAGGAUGAGACUGCCAGGGAUGAAUGGCAGAGACGCAGUACGGAGAUUGUGGCCAUUGAUGCUCUUAAAUUCAGGCACUUCCUAGAGCAGUUUCUCCCUGAAAAGAUAACCAGAGAACUAAACAAGGCAUAUUGCGGAUUCUUCCGAAAUAAAGCCAACAGCAAGCACCUCUCUGCAGUGGCCACAGGCAACUGGGGUUGUGGAGCUUUCGGUGGAGACACACGGCUUAAAGCACUGAUUCAGUUGAUGGCUGCAGCAGAGGCCGGCAGAGACAUGGCAUACUUCACAUUUGGAGAUGCUCAGCUUAUGAGAGAUGUUCAUGAAAUACACACUUUCCUCACCGAGAGAAGAGUCACCGUCGGGAGGCUGUACAACCUUUUGAACCAGUACUACAGUUCGGUGUGCAAGAAUUGCCGCACAACUCGACCUGACGUCAGUCUCUACAGUUUCAUCCACGAGAAAGUCUCUUCCCCCACGGCCGGUGACGCCCCGGACUCUGCCAAGGAUUCUGGGAUGUCUCCUGUAACAUCGGACUCUCAUUAACAUUAACAUGGAUAGAGCUGCAACUUAACCUCCCUCCGCUGUCUCUCUGUGUAAUAGAAUCUCCAUCUUCACAAACUCCAAUGUGCUCUCAGCCUUGUGCUUACAGUCCCUUUUUUGUCUCACACACACUCCCUUUAAGUUUGUGAUCCCAACACACAAACUACCAAAACACAGCUUUGCCUUUCUCGUUGGUGGUAAUAUAGGAGCCUCUUAUGUCACCAAAUGUGGUGAAAUGUUUCAGAGACUUAUAGCAAUAGUAAAUCCUGGUUGCUGUCAAGCCUUUCUUUAGUUUAAGUGUGAUGUGGAAAUAUUUUGUUUUUUACAUUAGUUACACAUAUGGCCAAAUAUUCAUCAUGUGCAUGUUUGUGGACACAUUUCGUUAUUAAUAAUCCAGGACAUGAUAAGACAUCCCUAGUUAUCUUGUCCUAUAUUGUGUUUGCUACUCUUUGGAUGAGUUGUCCUUUCUGUUUACCAAACCCAGGCUGUGGUGAGGUUCCUGAGUGCAGAGAGAUGAUGAGAUGCCAUACUGUAGUCUAUGCAUGGGUAACAUUUAUUUAUCAAAUAUUCUACAAACAUAUGCUGCUCUUUUAUAUUCCCUAGGAUGUCAAUGUUCAACACACAUAUAGUCCUUAUUUUCAUAUCAAUAAAUGUUAUUGUCGGUAUUAGAAUCAUCUCCGAUGUAACAUUUAAUGUAUGGUCAUUUUCAUCUAUAGACCUUUUGAUUCCAUGAAACCUAAUCAUUUAAAAAUACUCAGUGUUAAUCAUAGCAGUGCUACUGUAUAUACAAGUAAAGGAGGGAGCAGAUAAAGAAGUGCACGUAAAAUAUUAUUUUUGUUAAUGUUUUUACUUUAUCUUUACUUUGGGGGAUGCAGUUAUGUUUUUAUUAUUUACUGUAUUUUAUGAUUGACAGUGGGUUCUAUUUAACGAUGGGUUCAUAAAUAUAAUUAAAGACUAAAUGUAUUGCAUAUUACUGUACUUUAGGUUUUAAGGUUGUAAUCUUUAUUAUGAUUUCUUAAUUAAAGAAUAUCCUUUUAAAAUGGUA